AUGGCGUCGCGACUUGAAUCUGAUAUCGCUUGCAAGGAAAAGGAAAUCAUGCAAAAAUUGGAUGGCAAACAGUUCGGAAAUGCUGAUGAUGUUGAUGAGAAUGUUGCAGACUUCAUUGAAGAGGAUUAUGCGACCCACGAAAAAAAGCCUUCCAAACUGGAUGAUAUCGAAACCGAUUUGGCAUUGAAAGAUAAUGACUAUAAUAUCGCCGUCUCGAUUCUGAGCAUUGGUUAUAUUUUGAUGCAAGUUCCCAGCAACAUGCUUCUCACUCGUGUCAGACCUUCACUUUACAUUCCACUUUGGGUUUGUAUCUGGUCGUGUCUCUCAGCAGCGACGGCCGCAGUCCAGAGCUUUGCUGGCCUGGCUGCUAUUCGCUUCUUUCUCGGUAUAUGUGAAGCGCCAUUUUUCCCUGGUGUAUUCUAUUUGCUCUCAUGCUGGUAUACCAAAAAAGAGUUGGCUCUUCGAUAUGCUGUUUUAUACUCAGGCCUCGUGCUCGCGACUGCAUUCUCGGGCCUUUUAGCAGCAGGAAUUUUCGCCGGCCUUGAAAACGCCUUGGGGCUGCCAGGAUGGAGGUGGCUAUUUAUUAUAGAAGGCGGAGCAAGCUUAAUUGCGGGCCUUGCAUCAUUUUUCCUUCUUCCCGAUUUUGUUGAGUCAGAGACAGGAAGCACAAAAUGGCUAUUGAACGAAACAGAACGACGAGUAUCCAUCGACCGAAUGAAGAGAGAUGCUAUAUCCAACCAGGACAUAAAUCAUUCUCUUAUCCAUGGCCUCAAGCUUGCUGCUAUGGAUCCAAAAACUUGGCUUUUUGCUGUGAUGCUAUGUGCGAAUCAAACUGCUUAUGGUUUCAACUAUUUCUACCCAACAAUUGUUGAGGGUUUCGAACUUGGCUCUCGGACAAUUACGCUUGUCUGCACCGCGCCUCCGUACAUUGUCGGUGCUGUGGUGUCCUAUUUCGUGGCUUGGUCUAGCGAUCGGAAAGGUGAAAGAGGAUGGCACAUUGGCUUACCAAUUGUGGUUGCUAUCGUGGGAUUUAUCAUCAGUGUCGCAGUGCUGAACCAUGCGGCGCGGUAUUGUGCCUCGUUUCUGUACAUUUGCGGCAUCUUUGGGGCUAAUGCAACCCUUUAUGGAUGGGCGGCAACCACAGUGAGCGAUACACCAGAAAAGAAGGCUUGCGCCACUGCCAUGAUCAACGUGAUUGGGCAAUUCGGAAGCAUUUGGAGUCCGUAUUUCUUUGAUUCUGGGGAUGCGCCUCGCUAUACCAAGGCAAUGCUGCUUCUCAUGGCGUUCUGUGCACUUCAAUUCGUGCUAUGCUUUGUGAUGAAAAUGAUAUUGCGCCGGGAAAACAAGAAGAUCCUCGCUCAAUUCGAUGGAAGCGGACGAGCUCCCAACCUGUACAUACUUUAA